UCGUAGCUAAUGGCGGGUCCUUGGUCUCAGGCUUGUUGCAAAAGAUGCUCCUCUACUAGCUGUGCGUGUGGCGACAAGGGCAAGUGGAGCAACUCCUCGCUCUUAGGCAAGCGGCUCUCAGAAGACUCGAGCCGCCACCAGCUGCUGCAGAAGUGGGCGAGCAUGUGGAGCUGCGUGAGCGGGGACGCGUCGGUGGCCUGCACGGAAAGGACGCGGCGCGAGGAGGCUGCGGAGCCGGCGGAGGAGGAGGACAGGCCGCUGGUGUUUCUGUGCUCUGGUUGCCGGCGGCCGCUGGGCGACUCGCUGAGCUGGGUGACGAGCCAGGAAGACACCAACUGCAUCCUGCUGCGCUGUGUUUCCUGUAAUGUUUCUGUGGAUAAGGAACAGAUACUAUCCAAACGUAAAAAUGAAAAUGGUUGCAUCCUGGAGACUUUGUACUGCGCAGGAUGUUCACUCAACCUCGGCUACAUAUACAGAUGCACACCCAAGAAUCUAGACUACAAGAGGGACUUGUUCUGCCUCAGUGUUGAAGCCAUUGAAAGUUAUGUUUUAGGGUCCUCUGAAAAGCAAAUUGUGUCAGAAGAUAAAGAGCUUUUUAAUCUUGAAAGCCGAGUUGAAAUAGAAAAAUCUCUAAAGCAGAUGGAAGAUGUUUUGAAAGCAUUGCAAACAAAGCUUUGGGAGGUUGAAUCAAAACUGCCCUUUACCAGCUGCAAAAGCUGAAAUCUGUUCCAAGUCUCCCGUUCUGGAGUCCUUUGCUGAUGGACAGUUGUUUCACAUGUAGCAAUUCUUGUUGUAAUUUACUUUACUUAGAACUGAAAGAAUUCAAAAUGGUCAUGUACUUUACCUUCUCUUGUACUGAUCAAAUGAUCAAACGAGAAGAAUUGGAGAAUUACUUGUCCAGCUGUAUUUGAUGGUAAAAAGAUGAUUGUUUCCUAAAUUCCAAUUUUAAAGUCAUGAUACUUCCUGGAAGUGAAAUUUAGUAGUUUUUAUUUUGAUAAACUGCCAUAAUUUUCUGAACAGUUUUCUCCUCAGUACCAAAUUUCGUUAUUCUUUAUUUCUUAUUUUUUUUAAACUUUAUUUCACCUUUAAUACUUAGAACAAUAUUUAAUAUUGAGUGGUAAGAAAAUCUUAGAAGUUUUCCCACCCACUGUGUGGUUGAAUCUCCUCUGAAAACCAAUGCGUCCAGCUCUGUGGAGAAACCGGUCAGUUGAGUUAUUUGUCAGAACUAUUCAAAACCUUGCACAAGAGCAGAAUAGCAUGUGUUCUCGUGGCGGUAGAAUUCCACUUGAUCCUGUUUAUUUACUACUAUAUGCCAAAAAAACCUGACAGAAUAUUUACCAAAAAGGGUAGUAAUCAUUUCUGAGGGUGGGAUUCUGGGGAAGUUUUCAGUUUUCCAAUUUUCUAUAAUGUAAGACUUAGAGUAAUCACAUGUUAUUUUUAUAAUGAGGGAGAAAAUAAAGAUUAAAACAAAGUGCUUUACAGUUGAUUUUUCCAAAACAGUUAUUUACCUGAGCUCAGAAAUCCUGGUGUCAUGAAUUCUACACAUUUACUGGGCAUGGCAGUGUGAGGGUCCAACUCAGGACUGUAAAGGUAACCCCAGGUUUCCCCAGGCUGUUUCUGUUUUUGAGUGGACAUGAGGCCACGUAAUGUUGGUACUCAGCAUGUUUGAGAACUUCCCUAAUUAUGUCUGAGGAGACUUAAAGUUGUCAUAUAAAAGUUCCCAAGUCAAAUUGACUUGAUCAUUGAUCAUUCACAAUUAUUGAGUUCUUUUUUGAUAUAUCUGUCAGCAGCCUCUAAUAAUUUGAAAUUAAUGAGCCGUCCAGGUCUCUUCUCAACGCCUGCUGGCAACAAAACAGUCAUCCUGCCUCAGUAAGCUUGAGGAAGUCCCAAGGGUCUGUCCUUUUAGGUGCUUCGCUGGCACUUGCAUGAAAGUUCAUUUAGAACAGAUGGGAGAGUAUUUUAACAGCGAGAUUCAGCUAACUUUCUGGUUGCACGGGUAACAGAAUUCUCCAACAGUCACUUUUCAGGGCCAUUCCAAAGAGGUAGGCAGUUUGGCUCCCUAAUUCCUUUUACCUUGUUCAUUCUGGGGCAGAAUUUCUAGCUAAUCCAUACAUCUUGAAAACUACUCAUUUCACCAAUGAAGAGUAAUUUCUAACAUCCUAACAUCCACGGUGCUAACCAAGCCUCUGUUGUGCUUUGGGAAAUAAACAGCCCAAGUGCCUUUGUGGCUUCUCCAAGUGUGGGCCUUUGAUUAGUGUUUCCCUGCAAAUUCACCACCCCUGGAAUUUUAUCUCCAGUUAGGGUCCUUCAGAUGAAGUUAACUAACCGUCCCUGGGGUGUAGGUGGAGAGCUCGCACACAUUUGUAUCACAUGGUCUUUGCUGAAGCAUCUAAAAGCAAAUCCCAGGAAAUAUAUAUAUUUAUAAAAUAUGUAUCUCCUUGUAAGGCACAGUCCGUAUCUUUGGCUUCUGCCUGUGAUGUCACUGAAGGCAUGGCCUUGCCAUCGCCAUGGGAGAGAGAGCGCUGAGGCUCCCACACUGCUUACUCGAGGGGUCCACGUGGGACUGCUCCAUCCUCCUGUGUGCUGCUCUGUGGCGCUUAGGAGGAGAGGGGCCUUUCUCACACUCCGGGCCAGCCUCUCCUGAGGCCACCUGUUCCCUGAAGGCUGGUGGCCUGGCUUUCCUGGCUUUGCAUGAUGUCUCAUCAGAAUGCUAUUUUUUUUUUCUUUUUAAACUUGCCUUAUAUAGCCACAUACUAAAACCUACGACUUGAGGAAUGAGUUCUUGUUUCUAUUCCUUCUAACUGAAUAAUGCUGUGAGCUGUUGUUUCUGGUUACUAAGCCCUGGCAAAGCACUGCCCAUGAGCAGGAGUAAGGGUCCUGAAGCAAGAAGUGGACAUUCCAGUGCAAACUGCACAGGGCUCAACAAAGAGGCUUCAGAUGGGAUCUACCCAGAACUUGUUUCUUCAGCCAUCUCUGUGAAGGGUGCUAUCCAGUCCUUCAGGGAGAAGCUAUGGAGGCUCGUGUCAGGAUCUGUUACGUGACAUUUACAGAUUGUUGUAAAUGCAUGUGUGUAGAACAUCGUACGUGGUUUUCAUCCCAGAGUGUGGGUUCUGCUGUUCUCAGCAAGCUAUCCUGUUAUGUUCAUAAACUUCCAAGCUGAAGCGCUUGCUCUGGGGGUUGCUUGUGUAGGACUGAUGCCUGGACGGAGUGCGUCCUCCCUGGUGAUUCUCGUCAGGCUUCCGGCAUUUAAAAUGGGCAAAACCAGGAGAGUGCCUCCUUGCAUAGAUGGGUCUGGGUGUUCAGUAGGAACUUCUUGAGAGAAGGGCCCCUGAUGAGCAACGUGAUGAGAUUUUGAGGGAAAUCUCAGGGGUAGCAGAAAUCCUGGGCUAGAGUCCCCCCUUUAAUUGCUUUAUUAGCCAUGUGACCUUGGGCAAAUCAUUUAGUCAUUUUGAGCCUGUUUCCUCUUCUGUAAAAUGAAGUAUAAUAACCUGCUUCCCUCGCAUCAGAUAAAUUAGACAAUGCUUAUGAUGGUACUUUGAAAGCUGUAAAGCAUCAAAAAACAAGUGACAAAGAUUUAGCCUUGUUUAAAUAGGGUUGAUCUGGUUUAGUCUUCUAGCCAGUCUACCCAUAAGAUUGUAUGGAUGUAAAAAA